AUGCCUCCCCUCGACUUGGGCGACGUCUUCGUCCUACGCCUAAAGGACCUGCGUCUCGACCGCGUGCAUAGCAAAUGUUUGCUUCACGCGACUAUCGUGGAGAAUUGGGUACCAGCAGGGACCAAGGAGAUAUAUGCAACGCUGAUAGAAGACGACAAUGGAGAUCGGAUGAAACUUGUGGUUUUGCAGUUAAGAUUUUUUCGACUGCAGUAAGUAUCCUCAUGUAGUUGAGAAAAUGUUGAGACAACUGUGUCGUGUGCAGUUAGAUGGAUCCUCGUUAGAAGCCGGCCGUCUAUCUAUCUUGACCGCUAGCCUCGUACAUAGAGUAGAAGUAGCAACAUCUCAAAUACUCAAUUUCUGUGGUAGAAAUCUUUUCUAAUCCAAGGCUCAGCCAUAUGCAAAGACGGCAAGCGUUUAGAUUGGAUGCAAAAGGAAUAUCCGCCAGGAUCGAGGAUCACGCUAAAGGAGCCUUGGUUCAAGGUUCUCUUUGACGGCACGCAUGGGCUGCGGGUAGAAGACACUGCGCUGAUGAAGGGAACCGUAGUGGAGCCAUUGAUUGUGGGGAAAGAGAAUAAGAAUUCUGUUAAGCCUGGUGAUGAUUCGUUUUCACAGGAGGCCAUCUUCUUAUUCUUUCUUUUCUUGAAGGAUUCAUCUGAGAAGAUCAUAGUGAAUAGAAAUACUUGUGUUGCGAGUUCGAUGUCUAAUACUGCCAGUGCUGAGGUAAAACCAGAAACAACACCCGAAGAGAGGAAGCAGAUUCGCGCAAAGGCACUUCAGCAACAAGGAAAUGCUUGUGUCCAGGCAGCGGAUUUCGAGAAGGCUUUAGAGCUCUACGAGCUUGCUCUCCGUCUCGACACGGACAAAAAAGAAAUUUCUCAUCUCUUGUAUUCCAAUAGGUAUGGCUAGUAGAAGGUGACUAUCUGGCGUGGACUGUGUUUACUGAGUUCCCCUUGAUCUUCUAAAGAGAAAAUCAACGGGAACUCAUGUCAGGCCACUCAAUCACGGAUAGCAAGUGUCUAGCGUUAAAAUAGAGCUUUGUGCUUUUUGAAGAAGAAGGAAUAUAGCCGCAGUUUAGCAGAGGCAGAACGCGCCAUAAAACUGAAACCAGACUUCUUGAAGGCGUAUUUUCGAGCGAGCGAAGCGGCAGUGAAACAAGGGAAAUACGUAUCUCUAACUUGUACCUACUGUCUGAAUAUUCCUUCGUUCACUUGGUGUGUACGUGAAUUAAGAUUCUAUUUCACCGUUGUAUAGUGUCUACUACACCAAGAAUACUCAUCAAGAAUCUAAACAAAUCCAGGGCCUCUCCAUCGAAAUCCUGCUUCGGAUUCCGGAAGAGGUUGCGGCAAAGUUGACGAAAAUAGAGGAAGAAACAGUGAGGAGACUCCUAGAGGAUGCUGCAGUAUUGCCAACAACCCCUGAGGGCGUGCUUCGCGUCCUUGCGGACACUGACAAGCAGCUGCAACUGCUCAGUCCUGACUACUUCGUUGCUACGGUGUGCGAACACACAGUUCGAUCGUGCUUGUUGUUAUGGAAAUUUGGAGGUGAGGAAAGUUCUAGAGGAAAGUUCUACUUAGAAGGAAAGAUGAUCUAGCGUUAGUUUGUUCUCUCUGUCGUACUUUCGUAGGUGGCUACUUGGAGGAACUUCGACUACUUUUUCUGUGACGCCAGUAGGCAGUCUGCCCUGAUGAACUUUGUGCGAGAUAAAUUGUAUUGCGUUCUUGUAUUCUACCUCUCGCUCUAUGUCUCCCUUAAUAUCACACCAGAACCAUCAAGUAGACAUAAAGUUUACUGGGUAUAUCAUCAAGUACUUACUCUCUAACCCUAGUCGCUUUCCAGUCGGGUCAGAGGAAGUGUCUAGAUAUGCCUGACGAAGAACUAGACGAGGUAAUAGAUGACGCGAUGGCAGACAUGCAGAUACGUGCUGAUGCGGUGGACGACUUGGAAAAACGGAAGAUGGUCAAGUUAUGGAGAAGGGUUUGGACUGGGAGAACUCGAAGACUCGAUCUUCAUAGCUGCCUGUAGUAGCAUAGACUCAUACUUACUAUUAUCUACUUUCCUUUUUAUAAGGUUGGGGCUUAGGUCGUCCAGCGGCGCUCAAAGCACAUAAGUAAAGCAGCCGGCUAGUUUUCCCUCUAUCUCGUAGACUUAUAAUGAUCCCUCCAAGCAAAAUACUACUUUCUAAUGCCUGAGAAGAUCCAGCAGACAGCAAAAGUUCAGGAAGCACAGUUGUUCGCCGUUGUGCCGCGUCUCCUUCAGCGUUUCGACGGGUAUGAGAAAUGGGCAAAGGAAAAAUUUCCUGCUAACGAAGAUAGACAAAAGAGAUUAGCACGGAUGGUAAAAGAAUUGAAAGAAAUUGAGGAAAGUGGUAAGAAGAACUCGUCAAAAAAGGAUGUGGAAAGUGAAAGUUCGACGUCCAAUGCUAGCGUGAAACAAGAAAGGACUUUGAACCAAUCAAGCAGUGCUGUAAUUUCUACACCACUUCAGGGUGGUUAAGGUGUACAGGUUGAUCUUGUGUAUUCCGGAAACUUAAUUCAGGAAAUCAAAAUGAAAAGGAAAACAUUAGUCAU